AUGUCCGCCACCGCCCGAGGACCAGCCGCCGCCGCCGCCUCCACCACCGCCGGACCAACCACCGCCUCCACCGCCGCCAUGUCCGCCACCACCGCCGCCGGCGCUGCAAAUAAUGAUCUUGACGGGAAUCAAUGUCACCACCGCCGCCGCCACCGCCGUAAUCCACCGCCGCCACCGCCGGAUGAUCAGCCACCGCCUCCACCGCCGCCUGAGACCAGCCACCGCCUCCACCUCCACCACCACCGCCAGGAGGACAUACCGCCGCCGCCGCCACCACCGCCGCUCUGUGAUUGUGACCUUGAUGACCUGGACAUCGCCUCCACCGCCGCCACCACCGCCAUGAUACCGCCGCCUCCGAGACCAGCCGCCUCCACCACCACCACCGCCUCCGCCCGAAGACCAACCACCGCCCGGCUUGGGCUUAGCCGUAACGCUGGCUGCGCCGAUCAGCAAAAGACACACAAAGGCCUAGAAAAGGUACAAAAAAAAAUUCUAUAG